AUGGCUUCUGGACCAGAGAUGGGCGGGCCCGGAAUGGGUGCGCUUGGUGGGCCACCACUCCAGCACAACUACAAACGGGCCGUACAGCGCAGCGCCCCCCGCGAAUUUGUAGUAGAAGUGCUACCACCCACCAAAUUUGGUAGUGGCUUUUGCUAUGGAAUGCGGAUAUGUCCCAUUACGGGAGACGUGCGGGAUGAUACGUCCAGCGGUAAGUCGGGCAACUCCCAUACCGAAUACGAGGUCUGGCGUCGCUGGGAAGACUGUCUCUAUCUCCAAGAGAUAUUGGAGGAGGAGUACGGUAUGAUGGCUCGGAAUAAACGGCACCGUCUCGCAGCAGGCAAAGGGGUGAAGAAAAACGGUGUCUACAUCCAGUCCGACCAAGCUGCUUCGUUCGAGUCGUUACCCCCAGGUCCGGAGGCUAACAGCGUUGCGAAGGACGUUCACGAGAUCAUACCCAAGCUCACCAAGAAGGGUACACUCUUUCGGCCCAGUCAGUCGACCGUAGACCAGAGAGGGAAGGAAUUCCAGGCAAUGAUUGAAACGUUGCUCAGCGAUGAUGUUCCCACUUUGAUCAAAGAACUUAGGGAGUUGCGUACAGUGCGUGAUUUUUUUGCGUACUGGAGAAGAGACAAGGACCACGAGCGCAAGGCUCGUCGCCCAUCUACAAGUGCUGGCGGCCGCGAUUCUGUCACAAGCAGCGCGUUCUCCAUGUACUUCUCCGCGUCGAAUCUCUCCCUGCAAAUGCCGAAUUCGUAUGCAGAUCUACCCCCGAGUCCUGCGCUUCCAAGUGCCAUUUCCGUCGCCUCAUCGCACUCCUCAAAAUCAGCGAAGGGGAAAAGUCCAGCGUAUGCGCGUUCAGACUCAUCGGCAUCGUCUUCGAGUCUAUCACGUUUCCCAAAUCCUCCCGCUGGUCCUGCAGCUCAAGCAACACCCAUGUCUUUCUCCGUAUCUGCUCGCGGUUCAUUGUACGUUGAUACUCCGGAGAGAGUAGGCGGUUACACUUCGGAGCCUGACGAUCGUCCUCGGACGGCACCACCAAGAUCGCAAACCGGAUCUUACCGCCGCAGUUUGAACAGGCCAUUCUCCUCCCAGACAUCUGUGGAUGGCGUGGAGAUGCCCAUCAUGUUUACUCCGGAUGAUCACUCAUGGUCGGACGGGUUGUCGAGUGAUCAUGGCAUGGGCUUGCAGGCAUUGCCGGAGGACCAAGAGCUCGCAUCUGACAUUCGGCAUCUAUCUAUAGGGAACUCGCCACAGGACGCUCCUCCGCCCGUCCGACGCUCGCACAAUAAUUCAUGUCCAGGUCGCGCGAACAGGAAUUGCGUCAUCUUCAUGACAACCCCUCCCGACCGCCCUGAAUUUCCUCAGCGUGCAGCAUCUCAGGUGCUGCACCCCGAUGUCGAGUCGCUCAACGUUCAAGAUUCUCAGCCUGAUAGCAGGAGUCCAGAAUUGUCACAUUCCGCCAGUGUUCUCGCCGAUUCUUCGCGAAACUCGACAGCGAGUUUUUCUCGUUUCUCCGCAGAGACUUCGCGGCGAUCAUCAUGGCGCACGUCGGUUGCGUCAGAAACGAGUGUCGCGAGCGACAUUACAUCCGGCGCGCCUAAAGAUUCAGACUUCGACCCACAGCGCAACUCGAUACUAUCAUCAUUUUCCAUGCAGUCAUCGAUGUCGUCGAUCGCUGAACGGUGGAUACCGUACUCUUCCCCUCAACCAUCUCACGCAUCAAGGGCUUCCGUAGCCACCAUCAAUUCGCUCAUUUCUAAUUCAUCCGUAGAUGCAGUACUUCCUAGGCGUAUGUCGCCUCCACCAAACGGGACUGCUCUUCGUUCGCUAUCAAACCAUUCACGUCGUUCAGUCGAUACCAGGUCCAAUGGGAACGUGGCAGAGGACGUCUGGUAUGAGCAGCGAGAUGAUUGCAUUGAUGCGUAUUUCUAUGACCCCAGCCUUCGGUCUACCCCUGCUUCGUCAGUCCUUCCUGACGAUCACCAGUAUGGGGGACGGGAAGUUCUACCACUGCGCUUCGACAAGCACAUGUCCACUCCUGACCGCUUCCCUAAGCCGUUCCAGGACAGACCACCGGGGCAGUUCCAUUUACCCUGGUCACCUCCAGCGUCUCCCCCUAGGAUGACCAGCCCUACAGGAUCCGACACCUACACCAUCAAGGCCAUGCUACGGGAGUCUAUUGUUCUACUGCGCGCCAGUUAUGGCACGUCGUAUCCCGAGGUCCGUGAACGUCUCCGUGACAAAUUCGCGAAGCAGGAGGAAGUGCCGCUCUCGAACACGUUCGUCAUUGGUUACCUCCCCCAAAGUGCUAUUCCCCAGACUCCUUCCACGCGGGGCCGUCCUCGCUCCAGCUCUCUGUCAAGCGAACGCUCACUUACUUCCUUGCGCUACAUCUACUCUGAAGAGGAGUGGCACACCGCCGUGGCUGGCUGUGCCGGAAAGCUUACCAUUCGUAUCUUCGACACUAAAUCCUGA